AGAAAUAUUUCUUUCGAGUUUUAAACAAAAUUUCCUAAUUAAAUGUUUUAUUUUCAGAAGAGAGAACAUUGAGCAAAAAAAAAAAAAAAAAAAAAAUGAAGCCACCUCCGUCUCUGCACUCCAACUUCUUCUCCUCUCUUAAACAGGUAGAGAAGAGACUGAAGUUAGAACACUCAUCACAGACAAAACCCUCCACACUUGAACCAUCAAAACGGCUAGAAAUCAACAAUUCAUCACUAGAAGAAUCACUGAGUUUGCCCAUUUAUAUGUACUUGGACCAACCAAACGACAAUCAAAUUUCUCCCACUUUACAGGAAAGUAGUGAACUUCCUCAGGCAUUUCUCUCAUGUUCCCCACAAUUCCCACCAACCCAUGAAAACCCACUCCACCCGAAUGGCCUAGACCACCAGGAAACUGAAAAUGAAAAUGAAAACGAAAACGAAGCUGUUGAUGAUAUUCAACAAUUAAUUCAACUUCUGGGUUUAUCUGAUUAUGAACAAAAACUUGAAGGAAAAAAAGUGGAAGUAGAAAGAAGGGUUGGUUUUGGUUGUGGCUCUUGUCAUUGUGAAGGCGGGUUUUAUUUGAAGAUUGCCGGAGUGAAGGGCCCGAAAUGCGGGAAGGAGGUGGAGAGGUUGGAGGGUUGGAUAAAGUAUUUUUUGAAUGGUGGUUGUGGUGAAGAGAAUGGGAUUGAGCCUUUGAGGUUGGCACUUUUGCUUUUGGGGAAAGCUGCUUUUGUUUCUGGAGGUGGGGAUUGUGGUUUUGGAGGCUUGGACUUCCCAUCUGCUAUUGAGGAUUUUUUGAUGGAUGAUCCACCAACAAGUUAGGUUAUACACCACGUAUUUCAAAUUUUGUUUUCGACUUUUGUUUUCAAGUUUUGUUUCUGUCUGAUUAUCUUUUUAAAGCGAAUUAAUGUGGAAUGAAUAUAUGAUCAACUGGGGAUGGCUGAAUUUCUUGUAAAAAAAAAGGUUUGUUGU